AUGAAAACUACAAACGAGACUGCUUUGCAUAUUGCAACGAUCAACAAAGAAUUAGAACCUCUCAAACUCCUAUGCGGGAUCCUUAGGAGGACCGACUGUCGUGAGGAUGUGGUGAAUCAAAAAGACAGGAACGGCGACACUGCCUUGCACAUAGCUGCCCACGAUAAUCAAUAUGAGAUGCUUAAACUGCUAUUGCAUUGCAAGGCUGACAAACAUGCGACCAAUCAGGCUGGUUCAACGGCACUGGAUGUUGCACAACAACUUUAUAUCAGAGAAAGCAUUAGAAUUCUGCGUGGUUACUGUAUUCCAAGAGUUUCAACUUUUAAUUAUAAAUUGCAGAAACAACUGUUCAAGUAUGUGACGAAGUCAUCAGCUGUGAAUUUUCAAGAUAUGGACAAUAUAUCAAUUGAGGACCGCAAUGACUUACUAGUAAUUCUAGGACUGCUUUUAACAGCAACCUACCAAGCCAGUCUUAGCCCACCUGGUAGUGUUUGGCAGGAAGACAGUUCCUCAAACUCCACUGCCAAUCAUAGAGAUAAAGAAAAUGUAGGGAAAUCAGUCAUGGAUCAAAUUACUUUUCUUUAUUUCUACAUUCCAACCUCUGCUGUCUCACAGUAG